AUGGUGGUGGCAGGUUAUCUAGCAGCUGUUUGCUGUACACCUCCCAAUCCAUCUCUAGAGCGGAAAAGGAUGCACAAGGUCGAUCGCAUUGCACCAUUUUCUGGAAUAUUCCCAUAUAUCUUUCGCGGAGUUCUCGUUCUUCUCGUGAUUUACCAAGCUCUCCUGAUCGUCGUUCCAGGCUACUUCCCCGAUAUCACAGCGCAGAUCUGCCCACAAUUGGAAUCGGUUAACCCAGCCCUACUUUCCUGGAGUAAGACCUCGAUUAUUGCAAUCACUUUGAUGCUUGUGGGGGCUCCUGUACGAUUGUCUGCAUAUGGAGGUCUCGGUCGCAAUUUUACUUUCAAUCUUGCAGCACCGGACCAGCUUGUGACAAGUGGCAUUUACCGCUGGAUACAGCAUCCUGGUUAUGCAGGUCAAAAUGCGAUAUUGGUUGGGUGUAUGUUACUCUUCAUGAGGUGGGACGCGGCCCCAGCUUGCUGGAUCGGAGAAUCAAGCACUGGCAUGACAGGGUGGGGCUAUACUGUUUGGGUUUCUAUACUGGGCAUUUGUCUCUUGUUGCUGAGUGCAAGAGUGAGAGACGAAGAGAACAUGUUGAAGGAGAAGUUUGGAAAGCAAUGGGAAGAUUGGCAUCGCUCGACUAAACGAUUCAUCCCCGGUCUGUUUUGA